AUGAUAACUAUUUCUCUCUGCCUAAAUGCUGACAGGAACGCAGGCCCCGACCCCUACCACUAUACCAGUGGUCGAUGGCUUCGUAAGGAUGCAAUACAGCAAGAAUCACGUUUUCUACAUUUCGACUUCGAUGCCCUCUGCAGUAAAGUUUUGGCAUUGUGUCCUAACUCGACAUCUAUCACUUCGUACGAUAAGAAGGAAGGCGGCUUUAACCGAGUGUUCAUAUUCCAUACUGAUAGCGCUGAACGUAUCGUCGCAAGACUACCAUUUGGAUCGGCAGGGCCUCCGCGACUUUCGACCAAUUCAGAAGUCGCAACGAUCAAGUACUUGCAAGCCGAGACUGAGAUCCCUAUUCCAAAGAUACUUGGCUGGAGUGACAACCCUUCAAAUCCCAUUGGCAGCGAAUAUAUCAUCAUGGAACAUGCACCGGGUAUUCGCUUGCUUGAAAAAUGGCCAACAAUGGAUAUGGACCAACAAAUCAGAUUCGCAGGACUGAUUGCCAAACAGCUCGCAGAGAUGGCCAACAUCAAAUUUCCAGCAUAUGGCAGUCUAUACUUUGCUGAUACACCAUAUCUUCCUCCCUCAAAGCUCCCGUUUAAUGAACAGUUUUGUAUCGGCCCACACUGUGGGCACAUGUACUGGAAUUGUAUGCCUAUUCAACCCAAAUUCUAUAACGAUGUCAAACCAAAUCAAGGACCUUGGACAAAUUUAGCCGAUUACACGGAUGGUCUCAUCGACUCCGGAAUUUCUAGAAUACCGCCUCUUGAACCUGCGGUAAAACGCCCACGUUACAAAGGGUCUAUUGAGACGCACAAAAGCCUACUUAAAGAGGCCCGCACAAUGUUGAAGGAAAUGUCCAAAAGCCCGAAAAUCCAAAGUGUUGCCAGCCCUGCCAUGUUUCAUCCCAGUCUGGACAAAAGAAACAUAUUUGUGUCAGAAGAUGAUCCCACCAUCGUGACAUCCAUCAUAGACUGGCAGUCUACUAGCAUUGAGCCGGCGUUCUGGUAUGCGAACCAGUUCCCAGACUUUACGCAUCCUCCUCCUGACAUUUUCGACUUUCUCGAUUCGAAUCCUUUGAUUUCAGCACGUGCUAGAGCCUACCACAUAAGCUUGAGAAUAUUCGCCACGAACUUCUCCACAGCUAGAUCAAUGGAAGAGUCGCAUUUCUGGCCAUUCCAAUCCUGUCAACGCACAUGGGAAGACGGAGCUGCCUCCUUUCGUCAAGAUCUGAUCGAGGCCUCGGAAGUGUGGAAAGAUCUUGAGUUCGCUUCAAAGUGUCCAUUUUCGCCACCCCUCCAUGAUGAAUUAGCUGUUCACAAAAAGGAUCAUAGGCGUUUUAAAGGGUCACAAGAGUUAUUAGAUACUCUUGUGUCUCUACUGAACGUCUCAGAUGAAGGUUGGGUUCCUCUAAAAGACUGGGAAGAUACCAAGGUUGCACAUCAAAAGGCGUUUAGGGAUUUUUUACAGGAAGUUCACGAGCUUGAUCAGCCAGAUGAUGAUGACCCUAUCCAAAGUGAAGAUGAUCUCAGGGAACUCUGGCCAUUUGACCUAGAGGAAUGA